AUGUCUAGUAAACAUGUGACUAAUAAUAUUAAAUCAAAAGAACACAGUGUUUUUCAAAGUGGACUAUUGUUAUUAGUAUUUGGAAAUAUGAACCUACACAUAUUAUAUUUUAUCCCCAGUACAAUGAUUUCUUUAAUACUUUUCUUUAUUAAUUUGAAAUGGUUUAAAUUUUAUCUAUGCAAAUAAUUUAUCGUCGUUAUAGAUUUAUAAAUAAUGAAUCUAUCUACUUUCCAUAUAUAGAUUGUUGUUAUUCAUUUAUCCUUUCUUUUGAUAAUUAUAUUAUUGCUUUACACAAUCAUAUUUAUUAAAUGCAGUGUAAUUUUCAUCUUAUUUAUAUAAUUAUUCUAAUUGUUAUUGAAUUAUUUCAAAUUCACUUAGUUAUAUCAUUGUUUUAAGUAUUAAUUAUUGAUUAUAGAUCUAUUCUAGAACAGUUAUUGGUAUUUAAAAGGAUCAAAAAUAGUUUUUAGAUAUUUGUAUUUAUUUUAUUAGGAUAUUUGUUAUAAAUAUUUUGAAAUGGGAUGUUUUUAGUCUAGAAAUGAAAAAUUGAUUGAAGAACAAAAAGAACAAGCAGCGAUGAAUGAAUAGGAUAAAAAUAAUAAUUUAGAUUUAGUGAGUUGUUCAUGUUCAGAGAGUGCCAUUAGUUAAAACAAAUCUACUAAGAAGGUUUCAAUAGAAGAAUGCCGUAAUUCUUUUAAUAAAAGUAUUGAUUUGAUGGAAGAGGUGAAUAAGAAAUUGGAAGCAUUUUCAGGAAAUGAUUCAGAUUUAUCAGAUAGCGAAUUAAAUUGA